AUGGACAGGUCAGACUGUGUGGAGAAAGGAAAGUGCAGGAGGAAGAGGAGGAGGAGGUGUAAAGGCAAAGGACGGAGCAACAUCUUGUCAGCCCUCAUCAGUCCUGUGAGAUACUGGGACACCGGAGCAUCAUCAGCUGAGGAUGCAGACAACUCAAGUACAAGCAGUUUGGAGAAUCAGGAUGAUAAAAGCCACACGGACUGUGAUCCUCUACGCAAAUAUCACCCGUCAACUUUUUGCACAACUUUCCCUGCACACGAACCAAGAGCUCUGAAGAGGAAGCAGCCGUCAGUGGCUGGAAAGGACCGGCUGCUCUACCAAAGCCACUUCGCAUGUAAAAGAGCCGGCUGGGCUGUCACUCAGAAGAACGCGCUGGUGCAGCUGAACGAGUUACGACCCGGUCUGCGGUAUGAGAUCAUGUCAAAGACUGGCCCGCUGCACGCUCCAGUGUUUUCUGUAGGCGUGGAGGUAAAUGGUUUCCACUUCGAGGGCCGAGGGCCGACAAAAAAGCAGGCUAAGAUGAGGGCUGCAGAGCUGGCUCUCCGGUCAUUCGUCCAGUUCCCGAACGCCUCGCAGGCUCACGCCGCCAUGGCGACCUUCACCAGCAGUCCUACGGACUUUACAGCAGAUAAACUGGACAUCCCUGACACAUUCCUGAAAGAGUUUGAGCCAUCGCUGCGUGAAAACUGCGACCUCCUGCACUGCAACACAGCAAAGAACGAGGUCUUCUCCAGCAUUUACAACCACAGACGACUCGUCCGACUCACGCUGGACUUGGUCUCCUCAGCAAAUCCAAAAAGACGAGCCCUUAGGGCCUCGCUUUUAGAGCACCUGAGCCCAGUGGUCCUGCUCAACGAGCUGCGACCAGGACUCAGGUACAUGUGCCUGACAGAGAGAGUUCACGGCAGGCCAGUGAGGAGAUUUGUUAUGGUGGUUAGGGUGGAGGGGAGGGUGUUUGAAGGGUGUGGUCACAGUAAGAGACUGGCCAAGGCCCAGGCAGCAGCAGCCGCCCUACAGUCUAUUUACAACAUAAGUCUGGGACCAGAGAGGAAGGUCAUGGGCCUCCCGGGCAGCAGAACCAAAAAUCAGCUACCUCAGUUCUUCUCAGAGUCAAUCUUCCACCUGGUGAGAGAGAAAUACACGGAGCUGACAGACAGUUGUUUCUCUACCUCGCACGGCCGUCACAAGGUCCUGGCAGGGAUCGUAAUGACCACAGGAUUUGACCUCAGAUCAGCCCACGUUGUGUCUCUGGCCACGGGGACCAAGUGUCUGGACUCGGACAGCGCGAGUGACCGCGGCGGUACGCUCAGCGACUGCCACGCUGAAGUCGUCAGCCGGAGGGCGCUGGUUCGAUUCCUGUAUGCUCAGCUGGAGCUGCUGCUCUGUCAGCCAGCAGACUGCGAGGAACAAUCCAUCUUCGUACCAAAUAAAGGCGGCGGCGGCGGCAUCUUCCAGCUGCGCCAUGGCGUCCUCUUCCACAUGUACGUCAGCUCGUCGCCGUGUGGAGACGCUCGACUCAACUGCCCGUACGAGACCGCAGCUGCAUGUCCCAGCAGGAGGCUCCGCUGUCACCUCAGGGUGAAGGUGGACGGAGGCGAGGGGACGCUGCCGAUCACAGCACGAAGAGCCAACCAGAACUGGCCGCCGCACAAACCUCUGGUCACCAUGUCCUGCACUGAUAAGAUGGCAAAGUGGAGCGUUGUGGGCCUCCAGGGGGCACUCCUGUCUCACCUGGUGGAGCCGGUUUACCUGCACAGCCUCACGGUGGGGACGCUCGGCCACACAGGGCACCUGGGCAGGGCCAUGGCACGCCGCCUCGCGCCCGUCAAGCACCUGGCGUUCCCAUACCGACGACAGCAGCUGCUGCUCGGCUGCCUGAACAGCAGCGACGUCCGGCCGGCAGGGAAGGCGCCGAGCGUCAGCCUGAACUGGAGCCGCGGCGACGGAGGACUGGAGGAGAUCAGCACCUCCACGGGAAGGAGGAGGGACUCGGGGACGCCGUCACGGCUCUGCAGGCGCUCCAUGCUCGGACGCUGGCAGAGGCUCCGGCGCAAAUUGGGACUCUUUCCUCCUCAGCUGAACGGUGCUGAAGCCACACCGGGGACAUAUUCCUGUUCCAAGAUGGCUGCCGGUCAAUACCAAAGGGCGAUGCAGCAGUUUACCAGCGCUCUGCAGGGUGGAGGGCUGGGAACGUGGCUCCGAAAACCUCACGAACUGGGUCACUUCAACGCCAGUGCGUGA